AUGAGUGCAAUGAAAAGUGCUGUAUUAAUACUCGGCGGUGCCUUCAAUCCAGUCCAUACUCAGCAUAUAGCUUUAUUUGAUCUCGUUAAACAAGAAUUAGAAGCAACUGGCGAAUGGCAAGUGAUUGGUGGAUAUUUAGCUGUUGCACCAGAUAAUUAUGUGCUACAUAAGUUACAUUCGCGAAAUGAACGAACCAUUAAACUUGAGCAUCGUUUAGCGCUGGUUAGAGAAGCGAUGGAAAACGUUCCGUGGUUGAGAAAUAGCCCGUUUCAAGACGAAAUGCUCAAACAACAUGAUGGUUCAGCGACGGGACUGGGCCAGCGAUUGAAAAAGCUUCUAAACAAUCCGAACGUAGAAGUUUUGAUACUUGUCGGUGGUGAUCGAAUGCUAAAACGAGGUGAACCUAUCUGGCGACGAGCUUCAGCUAAAACGCCGGUUAAACAUAUCGGUGUCGGUCGAAUUAUGGAUGAACACAUCAAUCUGCUCGAACUUUGGCAAGCUGAUCUCGAGAAGAAUCUUGUUCCCCACCGUCAAGAAUAUAUCAUCUUGAAUAUUCCUCUUCGAUCCGUUAGUUCGUCAUUAGUUCGCACCCAUCUUCAACAGUGGUUCAAUGCCAGUAAGGAUAUUGAAAAACAAAACGAAAUCGAACACGAUCUAGUUCAUUCGAAUAUGUACCUUGAUUUUAAUGUAAUGAAUUAUAUAAAAACCCAUCACAAUGAUUUAUAUAUUGAUGUGUAA